AGGGAGAGUGGCAAGUCCACCUUCCGCUCGAUCGACUCGGGGGAGUGGUAACAGGGGGAGGCCAACGCGGGGAAUUGGAAACAGCUGACGGGCUCCUCCGCCGCCGGUCGCUGUUGCUGACUUGACCAGCGAGCAGUUGGAUUUGGAUUUGGAUCGGAGAGUGCUUUAUAGGGAGGGUCACGAGGAGGGCGGGCAGCAGCAGCCACCACAUUCAUCUCCGGGCUCGUUCACGGAUUCUGGAUUUCCAUCCACACAUCCAGCGAAAGGGGGAGGCGCCACCAUGCUGGGGCAUCUGGUCGGGCUGGUGAAGGUCCGGGUGGUGAGGGGCGUCAACCUCGCCGUCCGCGACCUCCGCUCCAGCGACCCCUAUGUCAUCGUCCGCAUGGGCAAGCAGAAGCUGAAGACACGAGUCAUAAAGAAGACUACCAAUCCAGAGUGGAACGAUGAACUCACCCUCUCCAUUGAAGAUCCAGCCGUUCCUGUUAGACUGGAAGUGUAUGACAAAGACACAUUCAUCGAUGAUGCAAUGGGCAAUGCCGAGCUGGACAUCCGCCCACUGGUGGAGGUUGUCAAGAUGAAGAUUGAGGGUGUUGCUGACGACACGGUUGUGAAGAAAGUGGCACCCAAUAGGCAGAACUGCCUAGCUGAAGAAAGCGCGAUAUACAUCUCAGAGGGGAAGGUGAAGCAAGAUGUGGUUCUGCGACUAAGGGAUGUGGAGUGCGGGGAAAUAGAGCUCCAGCUUCAGUGGGUCGACAUCCCAGGCUCGAAGGGUGUAUGAAAUCUAUGCUCCGGCUAAUGCUUACAGUCUUGUAUAGCUUGUAAGUCCCAACUGUAAGCUACUAGUGGAGAACGAAAUAAGCAACAGCUUAUGUUGACGA